AAGACGACGCACAAUAAUGACGUAUGCUGACGGUGAACUGUGUCGCAUAUGCGAACGAUUACGAAAGCUAGCUAAGGGAAAAUAAUAAUUUUAAUACGUUUUUUAUUGUUCCUAGAAAUAAUCUUAAAGUUGUGACCUUAUGUCUUGGGUGAAAUCUGUUUCCGUUGUCAGCGAGGAUGUCUUUGAAGAAGAUGGAAGUGAUAUUAUUCUUCAGAAUAAAGAGUGGAACAACAAUAUGUCGAAACGAGUAAAGGACGGCUACAGGGAUGGUGUUGAUGCAGGGAAAGACGCAUCACUGCAACGUGGUUUUAACGUUGGUUAUAGGGAAGGAGUGGAAAAAAUGGUUGCGGUUGGACAACUGAAAGGAAUCCUGAGCGCAUUGCAGUGCUGGUGUCAGCUGCAGCACCCAGGCUCCCCGGCAUUCUCCUCUAUCAGCCACCUCCUCCAGGAUGUGUCAAGGCACGAGGACCGGGUGAUCGAGAGGAUGAAAAUGAAUGUGGGGCAGCAACCGCCGGCUAGUGUUGGGGAGAUUACAGAGGCCGUCGAGGACCUGCAGAUGGAGCACUCCGACACGGGGUGCGGAGGCGGCGGCUGCAGCAAGGACAACUGUUGCAGGAAGGAGCAGACACCAGAGGAGGGCCCUACUGCGCUGCAGACCCCGUGCCAGAGCACAACACAUCCCACCUUCAGCGCAGAGGAAAGUGUGGAACCACUGUUGAAGAGGUGUAUGGACUUGGUGGUGGAGCUGGGUCUCCCGGAGGAGCUGUUACAUAAUUUGCAACAACUGAGGAGUCUAUAGUUACGGCAGUAGCAUUCAUAAUCAUAACAUAUGUAUAGAUCGGUGGUCCUCACCCCAGUGGUCCUGGAAAGCCACAGGGUGUGGCUCGCUUUUUGAAUCGAUCAGCACUUAAUUGACCGAUUAAAGCAGUUAAUUACAGUUAACUCACCUCAUCUGGUUUCUUGGGUCUGAAUUGGUUGCUGAUAUUUAGGUGAGCUCUCCAGGACCAGGAGUGAGGGCUAUGAGCUCAUUGCUUCCUGUGGUUUGCCAGUGCUAGUAUGAGAAUGCUUUCUGUAAACUACAUGCCAGACAUGGUGUGUUGAUGUCACAGUGGAAACAUGAAAUGAUUUCCAUCUUUCAAACGAGUAAUUUGUAUAGUAUGAAUUGGCAGUGUAAAUUUUCACAUUUUCGUUCAAUUUUUUUUGAGUUGUCAUUUGUGUUUAUAGGAAUUUAAAUACUGAGACGAUAUGAUAAUAUAAUAUUUAUUUUUACUGGUGUUAUGAAAGGGUUGUCAUUGGAUACAGGGGAUGGAGCAAUGGACCUGACGAUCACAGGUUUGCUUCAGAACUGGGCCACUGCUGCUCUAUCCUUGAGCAAGCCGUUUCAGUUUUAGUUGCUAUAAUGUUAAAUCCAGCUGAUAUUGGCCUUGCACAUUAUGUACUCCUGGUCAUUUGUACUUGAUUUGGUUGUCUGAAAAUAGAACACAUCAUGUAAAUGAUAUUAUUUAUAAUAACAUUGUGUCAUAAGUAAUAUUUUUUACAAAAAUCCCUAACAAUAAAGAAUCACUAUAUUUAAAAAUACACAAGCUUAGUACAUACAUAUGAGUUUGACAGGUUGGUGUGCAGUUUUCUGUCAGCAAAGUGCGAGAGAGAGAGAGAGAGAGAGAGAGAGAGAGAGAGAGAGAGAGAGAGAGAGAGAGAGAGAGAGAGAGAGAGAGAGAGAGAGAGAGAGAGAGAGAGAGAGAGAGAGAGAGAGAGAGAGAGAGAGAGAGAGAGAGAGAGAGAGAGAGAGAGAGUAUAUUUUCUAUAUUUCAGAAGUCAUUUGCCCCUUUCCAUCUCUUCGAUCCUUUUACAAAUUGCUUUUUUGUAUCGCAAGAUGACGUUUAAAAGCUAGGUCCUCCACCUCCAUCGAUACCUUUAAAUGUGCUCUAUAAAUAAAGUUCACUUGACUAUGCUAUUAAAUCUGUAAAUAUGUUCUAACGAAGCCUCAGCAAAUAAACUGAU